UCCUGAGGGCAGAGUCGGGGCGCUCUGACGCAGUGCUCCUGACCGUGACGUUUCUCGGUUAGAAGUUGAAACCUGUGUUAGCGGCUUGGAGUUCAAAGACAGAAGGUGAUAUCUGCCGUAGGCUUUCAACUGCUGGGCUGAGCUGUUCACCACCCAGACAUGGCACUGAGUCACAUUUUAACACAGAUUGACAGUGGAAACGAGGAGGAAAUUGAGAGACGUUUGCAUGAAUACAACAGAGAGAACAGUAAGACAUUUGCCUUUGACUGUAAAGAAGAGGAUGCUCGAAUAAAGCUGUGUCAGGGAUUGCUCACGGUACUCAGGCGUCCUGUCCAGCCCCAAUGCCAAAGUACCUGUCUGGAGACCAUGCGCAUUCUGUCCCGUGACAAGCGUGUGCUGGGGCCUGUAGUCACAAGUGAGGGCAUCCUCACACUGGUGGGACUGGCCCGGAUCCCGCUGCCGGAUGCUGAGGUAAAGCCUCUAGACGAGGCCAAGUCAGCAGUAGAGGAGCGUGUGGUGGUGGAAGCACUUAAGUGCCUAUGCAACGUGGUGUUCAACAGUGUGGCAGCACAGCAGGUUGGUGAAGAUGUGCGGUUAGCACAAGGGCUUUGUGCCUACUUGCACUCGUCCAGCUCCACACGACAUGAGGUGGGACUCUUCUCUCUCCGUCUGCUGUUCCUGCUGACUGCACUGAGGCCAGACGUCCGUGGGGUAGUGUGCAAAGAAAUGGGUGCUGUGGGGCUACUCACUGGAGUACUGGAACGCCUCCUGGACGUGCACUGGGUGGGACCGUAUGAAGUCACACCUCCUGACCCCCAGGCCCCACCUGUUCCAAAUGAGAAGAGCGAGCAGGUCAUGGAAGCCCUCAAAGUUCUGUUCAACAUCACCAUGUCAGACUUCAGUGAUGAGGAUAAUUACCACCAACUGCGGCUUAUAGCAGCCAUAAUGAGGCAUAUUUUGAUGCUGAGGGCUCAGACAGAGGAGAAAACAGAGGAAACUCACAGUCAUGCCAUAAACCUCCUGAGCAAUCUUCCUGUAUGCUGCUUGGAUGUCCUGAUUGACGUGCCUUUACAGGGAGGACUUGAGAAAUACGGUGGAAAGAACAUGGAUGCUGUGCAGGUGCUUGUUGACUUCAUGGAGAAAAGAAUAGACAAGGGGUCCAACUAUAAAGAGGGCUUGACGCCAGUGCUGAGUCUGAUGACGGAGGGCUCCAGAUACCACAGGGAGAUCCGCAGAUACCUCAAGGCUAAGGUUUUGCCACCUCUAAAAGACGUGAAAGUGAGGCCUGAAGUGGGCACCACAGUCCGGAACAAACUGGUGCGCCUCAUGACUCACGUAGACAUGGGAGUAAAACAAGGGGCAGCAGAGUUUCUUUUCGUUCUCUGCAAGGAAAGCGUGGAUAACCUUUUGAAAUACACGGGUUAUGGCAAUGCUGCUGGACUGUUAGUGGCUCGGGGCCUGCUGGCUGGGGGCAGAGGAGAGACAGAGUACUCUGCUGAUGAGGAUUCAGAUACUGAAGAGUACAAGGCAGCAAAACCGUUCGUAAACCCGAUCACAGGCCACAUAGAAGAGCCAAUGCCUAACCCUCUUGAGGACAUGACUGAGGAACAGAAGGAAUAUGAAGCUCAGAAACUUGCAAACAUGAUUGGCGAGUUGUCACGGCAACAGUUGAUCAGGCCAAUGGGUGUGAGGAAAGAUGGCUCACUAGCGCCCCUUGAAGAGGCUCUCCACCAAUGCAGUGUUGCAGACAGCAGUGAAUCUGACUCAGAUUAGCAUGAGCCAGUCUUGCUCGCUCAGACACUGCAGGGUCCCCGCUGCCUCUCAGGGCAAAGCCACUGAAAGAGUCUGAUAUAAUCCACAUCAGUCUCACAUUAUAAAAGAUCCAUACAGAGGUAGAAGCAGGCUGACCUACUGCAGCGGUCUUUUGUUUUAGUACGUCUUGCAUGUGUACACUGAGCACAGGGUCAGUCACAGGUUCUGGAGUUUCAGCUCACCUUUUGUAAUCAUUCCUUUCUUUACUCAAGGACUGAACACUGAAAUGUUAGAUGCCAGUUUUGUUUAAUGAGGAUGAGCUAUCAGUUCACUUCAGGUGAAUGCCUCAUAUAAAUCCAAUGUGGCUUUAAAGACACACAGUACAGUAAUCAUUUGCCUGGAGUGUAAUUUUACUGUCACUCCAUCAAUAUUGUUUUUGGAGAACUGUAAAGAACAAUGGAAGGUUUAUGUGUCAAGGUAAGAAAAGCCAUGUAAAAAAAUACUGACUGCCUUACUCGGGCCAUACAAACACGAAUACUUGUUUAAUAGAUGUCUGAAGUUCUGCUGACAGGCAUUUCAUCCACAGACAUUGGGAUGUUUAGUUCAUUUCAGCAGAAGCCUUAUUUCUGUAGCAGUGGUCAGACAAUGGUAUUGUGGGUUUUUCUCUGUAAACAGUGAAGCUCUAUGCAGAUCUGUUCAAACCUGUUAAACACAUGGUCAUUUCUCUGGCCUUACUGUGGACUCUAUUUGUAUUGAAGUCUUUUUUUUUUCUUUGUAAUCACUUUUUUAUCUAGCCUGGAACAAGGAGUUUCAAUCAAAUUUGUAGCAAGGAUUUUGUACACGUCUCCUUUUUGUUGAUGUUUCAAGCUUUGUAAAUGAAUGGUCGUCCUCCAUGUUUUCCAUUCUUGAUCAGGAAGCCGGCUCAGUCAUGAGCAUGCACAAUGUACUUUUUUCCCACCAAUGUCCACAUAAAUUAGAUUAGAACUGAGGUUCACUACUCUUGACACUCCACUGACCAUUUAUCCAUUUUUUCCUCUCAUCUUUGAAACAUUAUUUGCACUGUACAUAUGUGCCUCUUUAUGUAAUAUUCUUAAUUUAAUCUCAAGACAAAUGGCUGUUUUGUCAAAAUUAUUUGUUUUCACAUAAAGCAUGGAUGAUCUUACCAACAAA